AUGGCUAACAAUAUACCUCCCUUUCCUUCGGACGUGCCAGUGGCCGACAUAGCCACCGUCGAUUUCGAUCUUCUGGCCCAGGGAGACCCAGAGCAAGCUCGAAUCCUACUUCACUCGUGCCAGAACUAUGGCUUCUUCUACCUGUCGAACCACCAUGUGGACUCUCACUUCAUGUUCAACCUUGCCGACUCCGUCUUCUCUCUGCCACUGGACGAGAAGCUCAAGUACGACAUGGGCACCACGGGCCACUACUACGGCUAUAAGCGAUCCGGCGCCAUGUUUGUCGAUGACAAAGGCACAAAGGACCACAGUGAGUUCUACAACGUCUCGAAGGACGAGGUCCUGGGCAUCCCGCAGCCAGCAUCUGCGAAUGGGAAGCCGCCCAAAACGGCGACGGGCCAUCAUCCCCAAGUGGUCCUGGACCGCUUCGACGAGCUCAAGACGUUCAUGAAAUCAUGUCACCAAAUCAUAUACACCAUCACGACUUCGCUCGGAAAGUCGCUGGGUGUGCCAGCGGGUCUGUUGGAGUCCCUCCACGAGCUUGAGAAGCCAUCAGUAGACCAGGCUCGUGUCACCUGUGCACCCCCAAUCAGACCAGCCGAGACCAUCACUCUCGGCGAACACACCGAUUUCGGCAGCGUCACCGUCCUGUUCAACCGGCUAGGCGGGCUUCAGGUGCUUGCGCCCAACAAGCGAGACUGGGAGUACGUGCGCCCUCGGCCUGACUGUGCGGUGAUCAACUUGGGCGACAGUCUGAUCAAGCUGCUGGGAGGGAGGCUGUACAGUGCGGUCCACCGCGUCGUGGCGCCUCCCGGAGAGCAGGGGGACUGCAUGCGACAUAGCGUGGUUUACUUUUCACGUCCGAACUCGAGCGUGAAAUUGCGCGAUCUUUUCCAGUAUCCUUCAGACGAGGACGUGGCGAGGCUGGAGAAGUCAUCUAAUGAAACUCUUCUGAACGCCGAUGAGUGGGUCAAGCAGCGGGCACAUAACUGGAAUACCGCGCAGUACAAGGGCAAAGAGUCGUACAAAUUGAGUCGAGGGACCGAACACAACCGAGAGUGGGAGUCAGACCCUACGAAAAACUUGGAUCAGCACCGACCGAAGGCAGUCGAAGCUGUGUGA